AUGAUUCACACCAACUUGAAGAAAAAAUUCAGCUACUGUGUGCUGGUCUUUCUCCUGUUUGCAGUCAUCUGUAUGUGGAAGGAGAAGAAGAAAGGAAGUUACGAUGAUUCCCUUAAAUUGCAAACCAAGGAAUUCCAGAUGAUAAGGGGUCUGGGAAAACUUGCCAUGUGGUCUGGUUCCCAGCCUGCACUUUCAAGCAAAAUCCAGGACUCCCACAGGGGCAACCAGGCCCUUGACAGUUCUAAGAAUCCAGUCAAGAUUUUUCAGGUGUGGAACAAAGACAGCUCUUCCAAAAACAUUGUUCCCAGGCUGCGGAAGAUCUGGAGGAAUUAUAUGAACAUGAACAAGUACAAUGUGUCCUACAAGGGACCAGGGCCUGGUGUCAAGCUCAGCGUAGAGGCCCUGCGCUGCCACCUUCGGGACCAAGUGAAUGUAUCCAUGGUAGAGGCCACAGAUUUUCCCUUCAAUACUUCUGAAUGGGAGGGUUUCCUGCCCAAGGAGAACAUUAGGACCAAGGCUGGGCCAUGGGGCAGGUGUGCUGUCGUCUCAUCAGCGGGAUCUCUGAAGUCCUCUCAACUGGGCAAAGAAAUAGAUGAUCAUGAUGCAGUCCUGAGGCUUAAUGGGGCACCCACAGCCAACUUUCAACAGGAUGUGGGCAUGAAAACCACCAUUCGCCUGAUGAACUCUCAGUUGGUCACCACGGAUCCGAACUUCCUCAAAGACAGUUUGUACAAUGAGGGAAUCCUGAUUAUGUGGGACCCAUCUGUUUACCAUGCAGAUAUCCCCAAGUGGUACAAGAAUCCUGACUACAAAUUCUUUGAAAACUACAAGAGCUAUCGUAAACUGCAUCCUGAUCAGCCCUUUUACAUCCUCAGACCCCAGAUGCCCUGGGAACUGUGGGACGUCAUUCAAGAAAUCUCCCCAGAGGAGAUUCAGCCAAACCCCCCAUCCUCUGGGAUGCUCGGCAUCAUCAUCAUGAUGACGCUGUGUGACCAGGUGGAUAUUUACGAGUUCCUGCCAUCCAAGCGCAAGACCGAUGUGUGCCACUACUACCAGAAGUUCUUUGACAGCGCCUGCACAUUGGGUGCCUACCACCCUCUCCUCUUUGAGAAGAAUAUGGUGAAGUACCUCAACCAGGGCAUGGAUGAAGACAUUUACCUGUUUGGAAAAGCCACACUGCCUGGCUUCCGGAGCAUUCACUGCUGA